GCGCUGGCUGUGCUGGCUCCAGCGUGUGGGAAGCGGUCGGCGGUAGCGGUGGAGGUGAAGGAUUUCCUUUGUUUACGUGUGUAACCCAAGGCAAGAGUUCUUGUCACCUCUUCAGCGUUUUUAAGAGAACUGAGAAAAUGGUGAAUGUUCUGAAAGGUGUCUUGAUUGAAUGUGACCCAGCAAUGAAGCAGUUUCUGCUCUACUUGGAUGAGUCAAAUGCAUUGGGAAAGAAGUUCAUCAUACAAGAUCUGGAUGAAACUCACGUGUUUGUAUUAGCUGAGUUGGUUAACUUCCUUCAGGAGAGAGUGGGCGAGUUAAUGGACCAGAACUCUUUUCCUAUUACUCAGAAGUAGAAAGACCAGGGAAAUGACAUUUCAGUAGCUUGAGUUAUUACUGUAUUAAUAGAUACACUGCGGUUAGUAUGUUCUACAGGGAAGUGACUACUCUAGAAAAUGGAUAAUUUUCAUAGACAAAAUACUCUUGAAUUGCAUUUUAUUUCUCAUUUUGAAAAGUUAUGGUAUCUUUAUUAAAGUCUUCAAAAGGUUACACUUGAAAAAUGACUGAUCUCUGAUUUUCCUUUAGGAUUUUUGUCUUGCAGGACGGUAUGACCCAAAAAAAUUACAGCAGUGUUUCUAUACUGGAAUGCUAUAUGAGCACCUCUGACGUUUUACAUU